GUUUACCGAGUCCAUUGGCUGAGGGCAAAGGCACUACGGGAUCGAUGGAGGGAAGAAAUGCUAUUGGUCACAUUGGAGAUGGAUUGGACAUGUAAGUUCUUUUUGUGGAAAACAACCAUAUGGGGCGAGCACAUGCAGGAAUCAUUGGAGAAACGACUUCUGGGUCACGGAUGCUACGCCGGAAGGCAAUCCCACAUGUAUUCAUUGCUGGCACAGGAUGCGCAGGCAGCUUUUCAAGACCUACACAAUGUGUUGAUAGAGGCUGGAGAUGAAUGA